AUGUCUUCAUCAACUAUUGCUUUUGCUUCUGCUCCUGCUUCUGCUAAACCACCAAGAGUUAACAAUUUUUCUGGCAUUCAAUAUCAGAGAAAAUUUUCCUCUUUAGUUAUCGAAUAUGAUAACUUAAAGUUAUUGAGAUCAGGAAAUGAUAGGGAAAGAAGGGUAAAUUAG